CAUCACCAGUGAUGCCAUGAUCCAGUUAUAACUGUGGGUAAUGCCGAGCCAAAUAACCAAUCCUGGAGAUGCCGAAGAGAAGAGAUAUUCUUGCCAUCGUGUUGAUCGUGUUACCCUGGACUCUGCUCAUCACUGUUUGGCACCAAAGCGCUAUAGCUCCACUCCUCGCCAUCCGCAAGGAUGAUGGUGUCGAGGGCAAGAGGGAGGCAGGUGGCCAGGCGCAGGACUCCAAGGAAUACUGUGCCUCAGAUAAGGACAUUGUGGAGGUGGUGAGGACAGAGUACGUGUAUACAAGGCCUCCACCCUGGUCCGAUGUGCUGCCUACCAUCCACAUCAUCACCCCCACAUAUAGUCGACCAGUGCAGAAAGCGGAGCUGACACGGCUGGCAAACACCUUCCUCCAUGUUCCCAACCUGCACUGGAUCCUGGUGGAGGACUCCCAAAGGAGAACGCCUCUUGUUACGCGGCUCCUUCGAGAAACUGGGCUUAACUAUACCCACCUCAAUGUAGAGACGCCCAGGAACUAUAAGCUGCGGGGUGACACUCGGGAUCCCAGAAUCCCCAGGGGGACCAUGCAGAGGAAUCUGGCCCUGCGGUGGCUGAGGGAGACCUUCAACGCCAACAGCAGUCAAGCUGGAAUCGUCUACUUUGCUGAUGAUGACAACACAUACAGCCUGGAGCUGUUUGAGGAGAUGAGAUCGACUAGGAAAGUUUCAGUGUGGCCUGUGGCCUUUGUGGGCGGCUUGCGGUACGAGUCCCCCAAGGUCAAUGCAGCUGGAAAGGUCUACGGUUGGAAGACGGUGUUCGACCCCCAUCGGCCCUUUGCCAUCGACAUGGCUGGCUUUGCCAUCAACCUGAGACUCAUCCUCUUCAAGCCACAGGCGUAUUUUAAGCUUCGUGGGGUGAAGGGAGGCUACCAGGAGAGUAGUUUGCUCCGGGAACUUGUCACACUCAACGACCUGGAGCCCAAAGCAGCCAAUUGCACUAAGAUACUUGUUUGGCACACGAGAACGGAGAAGCCUGUCCUUGUGAACGAGGGGAAAAAAGGAUUCACAGACCCCAAUGUGGAGAUUUGACUGUUUUCCCUCAGGUCCCGGUGGUUAGCCUUGGACCUGCGGAAGCGGAAAUCGCCCAAGUCUCUUGAUAAGUGCAACCAGUGCUCUUGUCUUAAUUGUCAGAAAAAAAAGGAAGCAGGGGCCUUUGAAGGAGGAUUUAAUCCUCUUGACUGAAUCUGACAUUUUUCAGAUAUGGACUACAACAGUACAAAUGUAUCAUAUUAAAGCACAGAUUAGUAAAAGUUGGCGUUUUUUUGUCAGGACUGAAGUGCAGAGGAGACGACAUAAAGGACGGUGCGGACAGUCAUGACACUGCACCUUAGGCUGAGGACAAUGUAACAAAAGAGACAGCACAACACGAAAGGCAUACAGCCAGCGAAUUCAACCAAACAUGCAGGUUAAAGAAUAUCCUUCACCUCAAAAAAAGGAAAAAAAAACAUGGAGGAAAUGAAACACAUUUUGUCUGGACAUGUCUGCACAUGGUACAGGAGAGAAAUUCCUCUUGGUUUUAAGGACAUGGCCUACAUCAUCAGCCUGGAUAAAAACUCAACUCCAAGGACAAAUAUGUCUCAUGUGGAUUUUCCUUUGAGCAAACACAAACAUAGCAAGGGAAGGAAUGUUCUUUUGAUAACUAUGAAAUGUUUGCUUUAAUUUAAUUUAAUUGGUUUGGGUGUUUUGCAAGCUCUUGACUUACUUGCUAGUUCAAUACUACUGACUCUUACCUACAUUUACUCUUGAGUUAUCAUUGUUCAUUUUAUAGCAUCAUUAUAAGUCAUGUAUUUAAGCCACCUGUACACUUGGAGAGAGACUGCUGUUUGAGAUGUUCCCCUUAUCGUGCUCGAGAGCUGAAACGUACAUGUACAACAACAAAAUCCUAACACUCUUCUUAGCACUUAAAAAAAAUACACAAACGAUGUUCCUUUGUGGCAACAUGUGUAAAUAGUAAUCCAACAUGAGAACAAUCAGAGGAUUAAUGACAAAUUUUGACAAAAGCAUUGUAAUUACUGUAUUUAUAUGUGAAAAAAAAAGUCUCUUCUCUCCCCGCUCCCAGUGAAUUCCUCAGUGACACACGACAAGGCACAGGUUCAUGCUAGGUUCAACACGUGGGAAGAGUAAUAGCACACCACCACUUUCAAUUGGUAAUAGAAACUCCAGUUUGUGACACAUUCAUAAGGCAUAGCCAAGAACAUCAAGUCAGCUACAUGAAAGGCUCACGAUCGCUGACCUAAUCCUCAUGUUAGCUUUCGCAUUCAGUGUCAUUUCUGAGGUUGUGGGGAAACAGUGUGUCAUCUUAGUGAGUUAAUUAUUUCUAUGCACGCUCAUAUACAUGUAUGUACACGAGCCACAGGUUAACAAGGGUCCGCUGUGAGUAAAAAAAAAAAGAAUAUGAGUCGAGAAUAUGGUUUCACUAAGCUUGUUGGCACCUCUCCUCUCUGAAAAAUACACUUUAGAUAAAAAAAUUAGAUGCUCAGGCUACAUCUGCUGACUUUUAGUACAACUCACCUCCCAACAGCUGGUGUAAAUUAUGAAUAAUAGAUUAAAAUAACUUAUGCAUGGCCCCGAAAUAUUUUUAUUUAUUUAUUUAUUUUUUUUAACAAAAACUUCCACUUAUGAAAUAAAACAGUACAUGCUACUCGGAAGUGACAGCAGACUAGAGAAAAGCACAACAAUAGUGAAAGUCUUAUUUUCGCUGAUGACUUGGAAGCAAUGUCGCCAUCUUCAGUAUUGUGGACUGAUGUCGGUAUCUCCUGGUUUCUUUUUGUAUUAGCAUCCAUCUGUUGUACAUUAACUCAGAUCAGAGAAGGGAGUCACUGAAGCUCUAACGAUAGACAUCAGCUGUGACGCUGUACGCCUGAACACUGUAACAAAGUUAUUCUACACCUCAUAUAAUAGAAUCUCUCCUCUACUUGAUAAAUCAUCCGUCUAGUGCAAUACACAGUGGUGGCUCUUAUCUAACAUUGCCCGGCGGAAGUAGCUGGAGAUAAUUCAAACACUGAGCCUCUGUACUGGUGCCAGAUUAUCUCAGUGUACCCCUACCUCCCCACCUCCCCACCCCUCCAAAACACACAACACAAACUACACUGCUGCAGUAUGAAAACUUACAAAGACGUUACAGCCUCUUGGGCUCAUCAGCCGGAGAAACCGUGUUAUUACAUAUUUCACUUGGAAUACGAUAAGAAACACAUUCAGACAAUGGCUGUGUUGUAUCUCGCAUCAAACUGGCUGUUUUCGUUGACUGCAUGAUAUUAAACUGCACAGGGUUCGGCCAUGGAGAUCACAGACUGUCUUUGGAUUUGUUCUAUUCUUCAACUUGCCUCCCAUUAUUUAUUAAAGAUCAAAUUUAAUAUAUUUAUGUAUUUAUUUCAAGUGUGGAUGUGCAAUUAAAUCAUAGCAGUGUUUGCCCUUAAAUCUGUAUUUUCCGGCUGCUCUCUAAAACAGCAUGUGCAUAUACGUUAUACUGUAGACAGGGAUUAUCAUGUAGAUCAGUCAUAGGUUAGCCAUACCAACAAGCAGACACACACACACACACACACCAUCUACUUUACAGCACUGCUGUGGAUUUAAGUUCUUCUUGAAUGGUUAUUAUCAGAUGUUAAUCUAAAUGAGUGAUGAAUCCACCUAAAGUGUUUUUUACACUGAAACAAAUUUAGAGUUGUAGUCUGAAAUGGAAAAACGGCAGCGUGUAAACAACUUAAAUUGAACACUUUCCUUUAAAAAAAAAAGCUGCAUAACUUGUUUUCGUUUUGUGCAAACAAGUUUUCCUGGAUGUUGCAGUAUAUCAUUUACUUGUCGAGUGGACCUAAAAUCCAGCUUUUCUUCUAAUCCUAAGUGUUGCUCUGGUAAAGAUGCAGGCAAACAAACGACAUGUGGCGUACAGAUCAAUAUGUGGUUGGAUUGGUUAAAUAAUAUUCUGUUACUCUCUAUGGUAUGUCCUGAAGCAGCAGAACAAUCCAAAGGGCUUCAUCUUGAAAGUGAUGUUAUUACAACGUUGUCUGACAUCUGAUUUGAAAUGUCUCUGCUUCCAACAGAUGACGCAUCGUGCAAUAUCUAAUACUCUAAGAAUUAGUCUACUACAUAUGCAUCAACUUUAGCAGUACAGGUUAUCCAGUAUUUAAUGUCAGUGAGCGUUACCCUCUGAGGGCUUCUCUAAGGCACAAUACACUUUACACACAAAUCCUCUUUUCCUCAUCCCCACUGUCAUCUUCCACAGCCUCAUGUGAUUCACAUUUUAUGCAUGUGACUCUUAAGGUUGUUUAUUUGCCACAGCAGUUCUGUCUCAGAGAAAGAUGUAUUAGUUGAAUCAAGAGAAAUAAUAAACAACU